GCUGCUCGCGCUGUUACAUGAUUCACCUCCAACAGAGAAACUUCCUUGGAGUUCUCAGGCCUUUCUGACUAGGGACAAAGCGAAGGAAUCUGAAAAAGCCACGGCUGCGGAGCUACGCUUGAUGCAUUUUCUGUUUGUUACUUUUAAUGGUCAAUUUAACGUUUUUCUUGGCAGCAUUCUUUGGAUCCGUGUCUUUCUAGCUUGGAAACUCCCUUAUAUAGGAAUAUGUUCUGGAUUACAAACGUCUCACUUUUGUGAAGUAAACGUUUUUACAGACGCUUCUUGCCCUUUAUUGUAGACCGGCCGUGGGUAUGGCUUUGGUUAGGCACUGUCGCGUAUUUGCCUUUGGCUUCUUGGUCUCCCUGGUAUGUGUGACUGUGGAGCAACGGCCGAGCCAAAGCGGCUUCAACAGGCUGUACGUGCUCCAGCCCGGCCCGGGCUCCAGCGGAGCCGACGGCGGGCUGCGAGUCAGCUCCAUUUCGACACGUCAUGGAGCGUCGGGACAGCCGCACACGUACGACGUGCAUCUCAACGCCGACUUUGGCGGCCAGGUCCGGAACCGCAGGAUGGGGAACCAAGCCGCUUCAGCGAGGCAGGAGACAGGACAGGAGAAGCAGCUCAACAAACUUUUAGGGGUUAAUGUCUGUGGAGGUCAGUGCUGCCAUGGUUGGAGUGAAAGUCAGGGAUCGCAGCUGUGCACAAAGCCCAACUGCAUCCCUCAGUGCCAGAAUGGAGGAAUGUGCCUAAGGCCUCACCUUUGCGUCUGCAAGCAAGGCUCAACGGGGAAGGCCUGUGAACAAAAGGUGCCUACAAACCCCUUUCCAGCAUUACCUGGGAAUAGACCCACCAACGGUCACGCUAAUGGAUACAUCAUGGAACUCCAGCGGCCCAUACCUCUGCAGAUGCCUCAGAGUGGCUAUGCCUCAGCCUCCACACCAGCAAACAACAUGGCUCAGAUCAAACUAACUGUCAAGCCACCCUCUCCAAUUGUCCAGCCAUAUUACAUCCAACAUCGCAUCCAACAGCAAAUUGGACCCCAAACUCAGAACCAGCAGUACAUCAUAAAGCCCAAAUACUACCAUACACACGCCACACACACACAGACGCAUGUCCAGUCCCAGCCAGAGAAGCCAAUCCCACUAGCAGGACACAGUCCUGUUCAUGCUGUGGGCAACCACACAGGAAGGAUCAAAGUGAUCUUCACCCCCACCAUCUGCAAAUUCACCUGCAUUGGAAGUAGAUGUCACAACAACUGUGAGCUUGGAAACACGACCACCAUCAUAAGUGAGAAUGGCCAUGCAACAGACACCCUGACGGCACCUAACUUCAGAGUAGUGGUUUGCCAUCUGCCAUGCAUGAAUGGCGGCAAGUGCAGUGCCAGAGACAAGUGUCAGUGCCCCCCCAACUUCACGGGAAAGUUCUGCCAGAUGCCCAGUCACAACAAAAUACAGAAAGAGGCUGGAGGCUACAGCAAAACUCAGAUCCACUCCACACAAACACUGCCUCUGACCUUCAGCAAUGGCCACAGUGAAGUUUUUAACCCCAGCAUUGUCAACAUCCACAUCAAGCAUCCUCCAGAGGCCUCUCUCCAGGUCCACCGCGUGUCUCAACUGGACAAUUACUACAACAGUGGACACCAAGUCAGAGGUUCCCAGUCUGGCUCUUCUUCCUCUACCAGCUACACAUACCACCACACAGAGAGCACCCAGAAUAUCCAGCACCAUGGCUACAACAUUGUCUACCCCAGCCAGCAAGACCAUGUCCCUCAGUACCAGCCUGUCACCUCCAAGAACGCGCUGGGCCGCUGCUUCCAGGAGACUGCUGGUAGUCAGUGUGGGAAGGCUCUACCAGGGCUCAUUAAGCAAGAGCAGUGCUGUGCCAAAACCGGUACAUCCUGGGGUUUCCACAAAUGCCUCAAGUGCCCGAAGAAACAAACUUUGCCUCUGAUAGACUGUCCUCAGGGUUACACAAGAAACAACAGCUCUCAUUGCCAAGACCUGAAUGAGUGCAAGUUACAGGGAGUGUGUCCCAAUGGAAAUUGUCUGAACACUGUGGGAAGCUACCGAUGCAUGUGUAAAGCUGGAUUCAUCCCUGAUCCCAUGUUCACCUCAUGCAUAUCCAACACACCUGCCAUCCCAGAAGAAAAGGGGGCUUGCUUCCGUUUGGUCAGCUCAGGGAGGCAGUGUUUACACCCGGUUUCUGCCCAGUUGAGCAAACAGCUCUGCUGCUGCAGUGUGGGCAAAGCCUGGGGCCCUCGUUGUGAUAAGUGCCCCCCUCCAGGAACAGCAACGUUCAAAAAGAUCUGCCCUGGUGGAAUGGGCUACACUGUUCUACCAAACCCGCCACUCAACAAGCCGAUCAUCGUCUACCAGGAGCCCCCCAACCUUCUCAUCCCUCGACCCCUCCCAACACCAGACAGACCAGUGAAGACCUUUGGGGAACCAGAGGUUAUACCAGAGGUUGUGGAGAGAAGCUCUCCACCUGCACCAGUGGAGAUCCUUCAGUUCAACGCAGGCCAGGACAUCGCUCCUACUCAAUCUGCUGAGGUGGAUGAGUGCCAGAUCAAUCCUCAUAUUUGUGGCCAGGGCAUCUGUUACAACACAGCUAAGGGUUAUACCUGCCACUGUGACCAGGGGUAUCAUCUUGAUGAUGCUGAAACUACCUGUUCAGAUAUUGAUGAAUGCCAGGAUCAGCAAGUCUGUACCAGAGGCCACUGUCGCAACACUAAGGGCUCCUUCGUCUGUCAGUGUGGGCCAGGAUUCAGACUGUCAGCAACUGGACACCAGUGCAAUGAUGUGGAUGAGUGCAUAGACAGAGCUCAACCAUGUGAGACUGUAGGGCAGUGUGUUAACAACAUGGGCUCCUACACAUGCACCUGUCCUGUAGGAUACCAACAGAUCAACGGCACCAUGUGCAGAGAUGUCGAAGAGUGUUUGGCUGAUCCAGACUUGUGUUCCCCCAAUGGAGAGUGUCUUAACACAGAGGGAUCCUACCUGUGUGUGUGCGACAGUGGAUUCAUAGUCAACCUUGACCCCCCGUCCUGUGAAGAUAUUGACGAGUGUGGCCUCAAUGACACACUGUGUGGCCUUCACGGCUUCUGUGAGAAUAGACUUGGAUCUUUCCAAUGCCUUUGUGACCAAGGCUACCAAGAGCUGCAGGGGGGGCAGGCUUGUGGAGAUGUGAAUGAAUGUGAGCUGCUGAGCAGCGUCUGUGGAGAAGCAGAGUGUGUAAACCUGGACGGUUCCUUUAUGUGCGUGUGCCCCACUGGCCAGGAUUACGAUGUCAUGACUGCAAAGUGUGUGCCUGUUCCCACAGUUUCGUCAGUGGAACGCAAGGAGUGUUAUUAUCACCUCAACAAUAAGAACCUGUGUGAGAGUGUACUGAGCAGCCACGUCACCCUGCAGGAGUGCUGCUGCACCCUGGGAGCUGGAUGGGGUGACAACUGUGAAGUGCACCCCUGUCCUGUCAAUGGCACCGACCAUUUCAACCAAAUGUGUCCAUCUGGGAGAGGUUCUGUGUCCAGAGCAGAGUUUUUGUACGGACAGCUCACUGCUGACAGCUACAAAGACGCUGAUGAAUGUAUGCUCUUCAGCCAAGAGGUGUGUAAAGGAGGCUUCUGUCUGGACACUGUGGGCAGCUACGAAUGUUACUGCAAGACGGGACAUGACUACGACCCUGUCACACUGGAGUGCAGAGACAUUGAUGAGUGUCUGGAUGACAGCGUAUGCAAUGAUGGACAGUGUAUGAACACAGUUGGCUCAUAUACGUGUUUCUGUACACAUCCCUUGGUGUUGGACUUCAGCAAUAACCACUGUGUUUUAAUGACCCACUUGUCCGAGCAGCAUGAGCCGGAGCAGCCAAACUACCAGGGCAUUUGCUGGCAGCUGGUUACAGAAAUGACGUGUACACAGCCGCUGGGCCUUGACAGGAAGAUCACCUACACGGAGUGCUGUUGCCUGUUCGGACAGGCCUGGGGCAUGGACUGUGCCCUGUGUCCUCCCAGAAACACUGAUGACUACGCAACAAUGUGUAACCUCCCUCUGGGUGGUGGGCGGCGACCUUACAGUCAUGGCACCCUGGUUGCCAGCCCCGUCCACGAAUAUGAGAUUGACCCAGACUUGCCGUCCCCUGAACUACAGCCCGCCCUGCCUUUCCACGAAGAUGAGAAGCAUGAAUAUAAGGCGUUUGAGGGUUCACGAGCAGAGGAGUGUGGGAUACUCAAUGGCUGUGAGAACGGGAGAUGUGUUCGCAUUCAGGAGGGUUACACCUGUGACUGCUUCGAUGGGUACACCUUGGACCUGUCUCGCAUGGCCUGCAUUGACGUGAACGAGUGCUUAGAACUCAACAACCGCAUGUUUCUGUGUAGAAAUGCCAAGUGCAUCAACACGGUGGGCUCCUACCAGUGUGUAUGUGAGCCGGGCUUCGUUGUUUCUGACAAACCCAACUAUUGUGUGGAGGCAGCAACAGGCCAAACGUCACUUCACACACAGCACCAAUAGACACAACCGCACACAGGCUUGUAUUACUGUACUUGAUGAGAUUCACUGUCUACAUCCGUCACUGUCAAGUCCGUUUGCACCAAACUAGGACCAAAGGUCGAGUCACACAAAACACUUCAAUGAUCGUCAGCACUAACCAGGAGGAACGUUUUACAUGUGGAGGUAACACAACCAAAGCCAUGUACAUCAAACCUCCAUUUAAUGAAUGGAUCACAGUAUUAACCCUGGCAACCAUUAAAGGUGGUGGUUUGGUCAAAUCUAGUCUACAAUUUCAAGCACAUAAACAUUUCCUGACCUAGUUUAGCAUAUCGGCCCUUCACCAUGUGCUAUUUAGCAUUUUUCAUACAUUUAGUCAGAAAUUCAUGAUUUUGUCUUGACAGCAGCACUAAGUGCACCCUAAGGGGAGCAUAAAGAUGGAUGCCAGUACUGCACCAGCUUUACCAAUGUAAAGUCUAAAGUCCAGUCUCUGCUUCACUGUCAUUGUUAACACAAUGUGAAGAUGUUUCCAUACGUCUAUGCUCAGUAGCCUACCAUAGCAGGAACAAAACACGCUUUUGCAAUUGGAUGUCAAAUGAAAACUUUUAACUAUAAACUAUUACUAUAGAGUAUGUGUCUGUAUCAGCUGGGCUCCGUCAUUUACUCAUGUCCAGCCUCUCACAGCUUUGCAGAAGCUCCCCAAAUGUUACUUCUUGCCUCAUACAUUUAAUGGUUUAUAUGAUUCUGAAUGCGAAGGCUAAUGAUGAAUAAGUUGAAGCUGAGUUGCUUUGAGCUGAUAUUCUGUUCUACUUCAUCUAUUGUGUGGUAUGUGUUGCAUCUGGGUUAGUUUUCAUUUUAUAUUUGAGUUGUACAUGUUUUAUAUAUUGUUCAUUUAGCAUAUUGACAAACCUGUGGACAUGUCAGAGCUCAGCUGUGUUCUCCAUCUCUUGCUCCACACUGAGCAACACUUACACCUUCCAUCCAUGUUGCUAAUGUCAGAUCCUGAAGAAGCUUCCUGCAGAAGGACGUCUUGUUAUAUGGGGACAUGUCAUGUGUCAUGGAUUUGACAUGAGAUGCCUUUUCCUCUGUUUUUGUGUGUUAAAUAGGGAAUUUAUUGGUGGUUAAGCUGCUAUGGGACAUUCAAACAAAAAGAAAUAUAGAAAAAAACAAACCAUGUGUUAUUUACACAUGAGCAAAAUCUUUUUUACAAGUUCAUAUUCGAAUGUACAUUAAACCUCUUGGUAUUAAAACACAAA